CUUUGUUUAAAAACAAAAAACAAUCAUUUUCCCAAUUUCUCUGAUUGACCCUGAAGUUGUCGCCCGUGUCCGACAUCAUGCAAUUCCCGACAACUUUGGUCAAAUUUGGUCAAAGGAAAUUUUUGACUUAAACAUUAAAAAUCAUCAUUGUUGUUUUUGUCGCGUUUUUCUUUCACAGGCGCUAAUUAUUUGAAACAGAAGUUGAAAAUUGAAAAAUAUCGACGCAGUCGCUGUGAUCGACCCUGAACUUCACAUGCGUUUUUGUAGGUCUGUCGUUUUUUUUAAUUUGCAAUGCUAGUUGAAAAAAACGGAACAAAAUAUUGACGUGCCGUCUCCGUCACUCUGAUCGACCCCAAAGUUUGUGACGUUUCUGUUUGAAGUAAAAUGUUGUCUUUUUUAAAGCUUUAAUGUGCAAAUAGUUUGCCCGGUUCUUUUGCGCAGCUGUGAAUAGUUCGUACACUGGUUGACGACUGAAAGCGCGCUUGGGUUUACCCAAAAAAAAUCUAAAUUUGCCUUUGAUUAGCCCUAAACUUUUUUCGAAUUUAGUUUAGCUCACUAACAUUCAGUAAUUCCGUAAUUUAUUUUGACUUGCCACAAGGGGGAGCCAUGCAUAUUUCCAGGCAGUGACCAACGUCUAAUUUUUAACUAAAGAAUAUAUACAAAGUGUGACUGUAAUGUAAUUUUAGUGAAUUUUUGACAUCAGAAUUAUCGUAACUUGUGGUUUAUUUUUUCGUCCACAGAGUAAAGGACUCUACUUUAUGGGACUAACCGCUCACGGACUUCCCUUGUGCGCAGGUGUGUGUGUGUGUGAGUGUGUGCAUGUGUCAUGUCGGGUAUGACGAGUGGCGUGUGCGUGGAGAGCGACCUCUCCUCGAUGCUACAGAGAAGCUCCGCCCCCUCCCACCAUCACCCGAAUCACCACGUCUACAGCGGACAGGGACAGGUGUCGAGUUUGGCUCCGAUGCUGGACUACACCACAGAGAUGGACCGCUACCGCUCGUCCAUCGCCAACUUCUACAAAACCAACGUCAACAUGAACAUGAACGUCGCAAACUUUCCUCAGUCGGCCAAACUGGCGGCCCGUUUGGCGGCCGCCGCCCCAAUCUUCCCACCCGCUGCCGCCAGGCUGGGCACCAUGGCGACGGCGCCUUGGGGCUGCCACGACAACAUGAACAUGAACCACCCGGCGGCCAUGUUCUGGAGCCGGCCCAAACCUGUGGCGGCGGCGCCGACACACCACCACCAUCACCAUCCCUCUGCGACACAGGGUCACGUGCCCUCCUCACACCCCCACAGUACCAGCAUGCACCACGGCGGUGCCGGGUCAGGAGGGGCCACAGGGAGAGGUGGAGGGAGCGGCGAGGGGGGCGGAGCUGAAAAACACGGACACAGCGCCUCACUUCCUGUAACGCAGGGAACGGCACACCAUCACCCCAUGGCGCCUAGCAACGCAAACUUUCUCCCCGGUUACAGCAGCGGCGCCGACUGUGGGAUUAUGAACAAGCAGGGACACGCCCACCCGGACAUGAUGGCCCUAUCAGAGGGCGGGAGCUGCAAUGGAGGCGGGGUGAUGGGCAGUAGCUUCCUGGGGGGGCUAGGAUUACCCCCCGGGGUCAUUGUCAUGGCAAUGGGUUCGGCAGGGGGAGGGAUCUCAGACGCGAGUAGCGCCUUCCAAAUGACGGGCGGCCAGCGCGCGCUAACGGACUGCCAGCAGCACGCCAACUCCUCCCCGUGCCCCUCCUCCGCCUCGCCCUCGUCGUCGGUGGUGACGGCGGGGGGCGUGGCCCUGUCGACGUCGUCCUCGGCGGCGUCGGGGGCGGUGGCCAAGAGGAAGCGGAAGCGGUGCGGCGUGUGCGGGCCGUGCAGGCGGCUGAUCAACUGCGGCGUCUGCUCGUCCUGCCGCAACCGGAAGACGGGUCACCAGAUCUGCAAGUUCAGGAAGUGCGAAGAGCUGAAGAAGAAGCCGGGGGGAGGAGGGGGAGCACUCGAGCGUCCUCCGUCUGUCCCGACUGGCGAAGCCUUCCGUUGGUUCUUCUGAAGACGCCGUCACCCACAGCGUCGCAGCUGGGACUGGUCGCGAACAGGAAGUCAAAUCGCACAAAGACGCUGGUGACGCUGGACACUUAACUCUGCAGCGGGAUUACAGUUUCAAACUGUGGAUUAAAUUAAAGACAACUUCAAAUCCCAAGACAACUCAAACAAGCAAAACACGCAGGUGGACUGAGGGGGAGGGGACACUUUGGCCGCCGGGUCAGUAAACCACAGCUAACUGGCUACAAAUGCUAGCUGCACGUUAGCAUCGCAGAGAACGGCAGUUAUUUGUUAAAUGUUAAUGUUAAAUGUUAAGAGUGAAGGAUUCCGAACGAUCUUUCAUCCCCAAAAAAUCUAGACAGCUCUCACUAGCUAAAUGGAGGUUGUAAAGAUGCUAAAAAGCUACAGCUAGCUCAUUAAAAUUGCGACAAGGCUGUAGCUAUAACGUUUCAGCAUCACAGGAGGCUACAGUUUCUUUGUUUAAAGGUCCAGAGAAGGCAGAAAUUGAAGCUAGCUGUCAAAUGAGAUAAAUAGGUUUGUUGAGAUGCUAAUAUGCUACGUUAGCUCACUAGUUAGCUGUUAGCUAUUCGCUAGCUGUGAUGCUUGCUUGUUGGACACAAACGGCUUGACCCUGAAACCUGCCGUCUAGAUGCUACAUAUGCUACUUUUUAGCAAGCUAGCAGGCGGCUAAAUUGCUGUAGAAAACAAAGCUAAAGUCAAGGACAACAGAAAUAAAUACAACAACAAACCGCUCUACGAUCAGCAAACGCGGCACAAAUGGACUCUGUUCAAACACGGUAAAUGUGGUUGUUGUGUCACACGAGGGCAGCACUGAGCAGCCUUCACUCACCACGAGUGGUCAAACAGUCUCCUCCCCUUCGUCCGAUCAAAUGACGAAGAUUCAGGCCUCAUCCACCAGAAAAAACGAUGAGUUUCACCAAAAGCGGACGACGGGUUAACGUCGUAGAAACGGCGUGGCGACGGCAGGAGUUACGAACUGACCUCAGCAGGAACGUGAACCAGGACUGUUACGUAAAAGGACUACGAGUUCACCACAGUAGGACUACAACUACCACAUCACUGUUUUCCGUCUCUUUUGUCUACCUCCUCCUCAAGAACUUCAAAAGGCACCUUGACUGGUUUUUAACGGAGCCGUGUCCAGACCCGAUCUGCUCCUCACAGGUUCUCGCGCAAUCUGGUGUUUAGACGGUUUUUUGGUUCUGUUUAUUUUACUCACGUGUUUACUUCACUGCCUCAAGGAGAAGUUAAACAUCUGAUCGGGGGGGUUCUCUGGAACGUUCUCAGGGCGCAGUCAAUCUUCCGUUAGGUUUUGUACGAACUGAAAAACGUCACUUUGUUGUAUUUUUGUACUCGUGUAAACGGCGACGGGGCGCACGUCAAUCGUCGUUACGAAAUGUCGAACAUUGGCGCCAAAUUGAAACGUCCAGUCGCGAAACCUUCAGACGUCCAAAGUCUGUGUCACUGAGAGAGAGAGAGUUCGGAAGCAGCUGCGAUGUUCUUGUAUCUUGAAAAGCUGAACCCUGAGAACCAAAUCUGAUCAGAACAUUCCACACACACAAAAAAAAAAACCUGCGACAUUUCCAACACGUCUGAGCAACGAAAACACACAAAACGCGUCCAACGACAUCUGAAGGCCAUCGUGAACCACGCGACACAAAAUGUUGUGUUGGGUUGAUUAACAUGACUUCACGCUGCACCCCCUAGUGGCCGUUUGUUACUUUAUCCACAGACGUACUUUAUCUGUGUGACGUCUGUGGUCGCUUAACUAUUUUUUACGCGCGUUUGGUAACGACAUUAAAGGGAUAAUUCAAAUAUUAUUGACGCUUGCUCUCAGUGCAAAUAUGGACACUUAACAAAAGACUCGCCAAACAAAAUCUACGUCAGAUUAAGUCCACGGUAUCUUAAGAACAUGCUCACGUCUUCAUCGCACUGUUGGACAAAUUUGUAAAGCGCUCACUCUCCCACACCAAACCCCAUCGAGAAAAUCAGUGA